GGAUAUGAAGCCUGGCGCUCAGCAGUUCACGAGUUUAGGCCUCUCCUAAAGGGCCUUUUCUUCCCUGCCUCCACUUCUGCAUUCUCUGUGACUUGCUAGUUCUUUAUUUGUUUUUAUUUUUAUUUUUGGUGGGGGAACCAUUUCAUCAGAACCUCACUUCCACAUGCAAACUAGGCAUACACUCCCAUACUCUCUCCCUUCCUGUCAUAACCCUUGUCCCAACUUUCUACAACUGAAAGUGCUUUGACCUUCCCUGCUUCUUCAGAAGCUGGCACAUGGAGCUCCUAGCAGACACACUAGAGUAUACCAGGUUGUGGAACCUUUAGGAGGUGAUGCUUUGUGGAGGAAGUGUAUCACUGGAGGCCAGCCUUGAUGUGCUGUAGCCCAACCUCAAGUUCAUCUGCUCAACUUCCUCCCUGCUGAUGUGAUGAUGUGACUCCAGCUUCCUGCUCCUGCCAUGCUUUCUUCACUGCAACAAACUUCCCUCCUCAAAACAGAGCGUUAGAGGACUGGAAAACUCUGCUUAAUUGCUAGAGAGGAGGAGCGGCCCCUCCCCCACCCUGUGCUCAGGCAAGCUGAAAAGGAGAGCCCAUGCGAUUCCCAGACACAUCCUUAAAAACUGCAUCAACUGGAACGGAGUGAUUCCUGAAAGAAGAGAGAACCUCGAAAACGCCCAGUGCUUCCAUUGUUUCCUGCUUUGAUGUGUGUGUGCUUAAUUCUAAUUAUUAAGGAAUAACCUUCCAAUCCACAGCCACUGAAACAAAAACAACAGCAACAGUGAUAAUAAUAACAAUAAUGGUGCCAUUUGGGAUGAGAUGUCAGUAUCUCCUCCCUCUGAGAGGAAGGUUACUAUAACCUGCCCCUUGCUGUCUGCCAGGCUGGGAAUCACAACUGUGGGAGGUCUACUUUUCAUCACCCCAGUGCAGACAGCUGCAUCUGAAACAGGAAUUACGGAAUAAUCCUCCUUGUUCUGCUAGCACAAGUCACAGAACUGGUCCUAGGACGGUCACCUGGGUCAUCCUCCAAUGAUCCAGGGAAGAGCAGGCAUCCACUCCUGCCUUUCCCAGCGGUAGGCUAUGACCCGAGCAGUCUGUUGUCACUGAGGUGGUGACGGCCGCACCUGGCAGCGCCACGGAGCACCUCCUGUGAGCCGCUCAGCUGAGGCUCCUUGCAGCUGGCAGCAGCGGGCUGAGAGCACGGGAGCUCACAGGGUCGCUGCUGCAUUGAGAGGAGCCGGCCCUGCAGAGCCGAAGGAAGUUCCCGGGGCGAACUCUGCCGCCUCGCUGCUGCUCACCACCAUCGGAUCUUACAGGAGCCUGGGCGCCUGUCAGCAAGAGAGAGGAUCCCAUUUUGCUUUCUUAGUGAAAAGGGAUGAGAAAUGAGCUGCCAGAGAGAUCUGGCAAUGCGAAGAGUGAAAGGCAGAUUCCUGCCAGCAGCUAAGUUGUAAAAUUGCUUUGGAGGCUCCUUGGGAGGAGCAGGAUCCAGUUGACAAGAGAAGAACAGACAGCCGCCCGGAAGGAGUCGCUGGUCGCAGCCCCUGCUCCAGUUCCAACUAUCUGUGGCUGGAUAACGGAGAGGAGACUAGAGGCGUAACUGCAAGGGGGAUUCCUGGAAGGAGGAGAGGAACAACCCAGCUGGCGUGCACUUUUUUUUUUAAGGAGAACCCCUCAGAUGCUCCAUGGAGCUAUGUGCAAAUGAGAUGGAUGGGUGAAACCCCGCCUCCGGAAGAGAAUGCCCCGGCCACCCGCCCAGCUUGGCUUCCGGAUUCCCAGGCCCUGGGCCCGGGGCGCUGCCCGCGCGCUCCCCCGCGCCCCGGAGCUUCGGGGUGAUGCCUGCCUUGGACGUACGCAGCGCCGUCAUCAUCCGGGUACCGUGUCUACUUCUUCGGCUUAGAGAAGCUGGUUCUAGUUGCUCUCCAUGGUGGCUAAUCUCUUCAAGGACUUGAUUUUACCUUACAUACAGAAGCUUUGCAAAGGAAUGUUCACAAAGAAAUCGGGACCUACAACCAAAAAGAAGGAGAAUCGCCAACAGAAAAAAGACCACGCUCUUCCUACUGUUGGCCCAGCCAAACCCCCCAGACUUUCCAAUACCCUGAGAAGCACCGUAAAAAAGAUCGCAAAAUGCUCAUCCGCUCGCAAUUUAUCUGUUGAAGAGGACGAGGCAGCCCAGGACUUCUCGCUCUCCCCGACGUUCAGUUACCGAGCGGCUAUCGCCAACGGCCCGCGGCAGGCCCGCGCCGAGCCCCGCGGAGACCAUGAGGAGCCCGCUCCGGAGCCCUCGUCGCCCGGGAGCUCGUGCUCGGGGUCGGUGAGCGAGCUCCGCGGCGGCGCCGAGAGCCGCGGGCCCCGCGCGCGCGCCAUGCCCGUGCGACGCCACCGGAAGAGCUCGGGCAGCCUGGCGCCCUCCGAGGGCAGCUCGGACGGCGAGCGCACUCUGCACAGCCUCAAGCUGGGCGCCCUGCGCAAGCUGCGGAAAUGGAAGAAGAGCCAGGAGUGCGUCUCCUCCGACUCGGAGCUGAGCGCCGCGAAGAGGCCCUGGGGCGUGAGAAGCAAGUCUUUGGAUAGAGCCGCCCGGAUCCCGAAGGCCGGCGGGCUCGAGCCGGGAUUCAGCUCCUCCGGCUGCAUCAGCCAAACGCAUGACGUCAUGGAGAUGAUUUUCAAGGAACUGCAGGGCAUCAGCCAGAUAGAAACGGAGCUUUCCGAGCUCCGAGGGCACGUGGACGCCCUGAAGCACUCCAUCGACGAGAUCUCCAGCAGCGUGGAGGUGGUCCAGAGCGAGAUCGAGCAGCUGCGAACUGGCUUCGUCCAGUCUCGGAGGGAGACCAGAGACAUCCAUGAGUAUAUCAAACACUUAGGUCACAUGGGCAGCAAGGUGAGCCUGAGAUUUCUGAAUGUGCCCGAGGAGAGACUGGAAUAUGCUGAAAGCGUGGUGUACCAAAUUCUAAUAGAUAAAAUGGGUUUCUCGGAUGUACCAAAUACGAUUAAAAUUGAAUUUGCUCAGAGAAUAGGACACCAAAGAGACUGCCCAAAUGCCAAACCUCGGCCCAUCCUUGUGUACUUUGAAACCCCUCAGCAAAGGGACUCGGUCUUAAAAAAAUCAUAUAAACUCAAAGGCACAGGCAUCGGAAUCUCCACAGACAUUCUGACUUACGACGUCCGGGAGAGGAAAGAGAGAGGGAUACCUUCUUCGCAGACAUACGAGAGUAUGGACAUGAAAUUGUCCACCCCGGAGCCCAGAGCCAAGAAGAACGCCUGGCUGUCGCCUGGCGGCAGUGAUGCGGAGCUGGAAUCUGACAUCAACAGAAACAGUUACGCUGUGUUUUCCAAGCCGGACGUCCCAACCAAGGGAAGUACUUCUAAGUCAAGCUCAAAAGCACACAGCUCUAGAUCUAGGAAUAAGACUGCCAGCAGCAGAACCUCAAAUAAGUCAGAUCAUGAUAAGGUGUCCUCACGUGUGCCAGAGUCCAACAACUCACAAAAGCAAACUGCACCCCGCUGUGCAGAUGCCUCACCUCUCUGGCAUUCUCAGAGUGACUUUUUCACAGCUAAGCUGAGUCGCUCUGAUUCAGAUUUUUCCAAGUUGUGUCAAUCUUACUCGGAAGAUUUUUCCGAAAGCCAGUUUUUCACUAGAACUAAUGGGAGCUCACACCUUUCAUCUUCAGACCGGGAACUUUGGCAGAGGAAGCAGGAGGGCCUGCCUACCUUGCACUACAGCGCCCAGGACCAGGGCUUGGAUGGGAGUCCUCAAGGUGUCCAAGUCCACAGUGAGGUCAACCACACGGAGACUGUGGACAGUGGGAUGAGUAACAGCAUGGCUUGUGUGUCUGCUGACAGAAGUAAUUAUAGCGACUCUCAGCUCUCCUUACAGGAGGAUUUGUCUCCAUGGAAAGAAUGGAAUCAAGAAGAGCAAGGGGCUGGCCUAGGCUUAGAUUCAUCCACCCAGGAGGCCUUUGACUAUGACACCAACAGUCUAUCUGACCAACAGCUGGAUGUCUUCAAUAAAGACCUGGAUGGCUUGGGAAAGUGCCACAGUGACCUACAAGAUGACUCUGAAAGCUUCGAUCUAACGCAAGAUGACAAUUCAUCUCCCUGCCCCGGCUUGGACAAUGAGCCCCAAUCCCAGUGGGUUGGCCAGUAUGAUUCUUAUCAGGAGGCAAACUCCAAUGAGCUGUACCAAAACCAAAGCCCCGUGUCCCUGCUGUAUCGAAGUCAGACUGAACUCCACAGUGACGACUCAGAGGAUGUCCCACCCAAAUCUUGGCAUAGUCGACUGAGCAUUGACCUGUCUGAAAAGACUUUCAGCUUCCAAAAAUUCGGAUCCACUCUGCAAAGGGCAAAGUCAGCCCUGGAAGUCGUGUGGAACAAGAGCACACAGAGUCUCAGUGGGUACGAAGACAGUGGUUCUUCCUUAAUGGGGAGAUUCCGGACACUAUCUCAAUCUACUGCAAAUGAAUCCAGUACCACCCUGGACUCUGACAUCUACACGGAACCCUACUACUACAAAGCAGAAAAUGAGGAAGACUACAGCGAACCAGUGGCAGAUAAUGAAACAGAUUAUGUCGAAGUGAUGGAACAAGUUCUUGCAAAGUUAGAAAACAGAACUAGUGUGGUUGAAGCAGAUGAACUCAUCCAGGAAUAUGAUCACCCUUCAUAUGAGACACCUUAUGAAACCCCACAAGAUGAGGGUUAUGAUGGGCAGGCAGAUGACAUUAGUGAAGGGGAGUUGGAACCUUCUAGUGAACCAGUCCCUGAAAUGGAAAUAAGAGAAGAUGAAAACCAAAACAUACCUGAGCCGCCAGUGGAAAUCACAAAGCCAAAGAGAGUCCGACCCUCUUUCAAAGAGGCAGCUUUAAAAGCCUACAAGAAGCAGAUGGCUGAAUUGGAAGAGAAGAUCCUGGCUGGAGAUAGCAACUCUGUGGAUGAAAAGGCUCGAAUAGUAAGUGGAAAUGACUUGGAUGCUUCUAAAUUCUCUGCACUACAGGUAUUUGGUGGGGUUGGCCGAGGACUUUAUGGUAUUGACAGCAUGCCAGACCUGCGCAAGAAGAAAACCUUGCCUAUUGUUCGAGAUGUGGCCAUGACACUGGCUGCCCGGAAGUCUGGUCUCUCCCUGGCUAUGGUCAUCAGGGCAUCACUUAACAAUGAAGAACUGAAAAUGCAUGUCUUUAAGAAGACCUUGCAGGCAUUGAUCUACCCGAUGUCUUCCACCACCCCACAUAACUUCGAGGUCUGGACAGCUACAACGCCCACCUACUGCUACGAGUGUGAGGGCCUCUUGUGGGGCCUUGCACGGCAGGGCAUGAAGUGUUUGGAGUGCGGCGUGAAGUGUCACGAGAAGUGUCAGGACCUGCUGAAUGCCGACUGCUUGCAGAGAGCAGCAGAAAAGAGCUCCAGGCACGGCGCAGAGGACAAGACACAGACCAUCAUCACAGCCAUGAAGGAGAGAAUGAAGAUCAGGGAGAAGAACAGGCCGGAGGUGUUUGAAGUCAUCCAGGAGAUGUUUCAGAUUUCUAAGGAAGAUUUUGUGCAGUAUACCAAGGCAGCCAAACAAAGUGUUCUGGAUGGGACAUCAAAGUGGUCAGCAAAAAUCACCAUUACAGUGGUUUCAGCACAAGGCUUGCAAGCAAAAGACAAAACAGGAUCCAGUGACCCGUAUGUCACAGUUCAAGUUGGAAAAAACAGAAGAAGAACAAAAACCAUCUUUGGAAACUUGAACCCAGUAUGGGAUGAAAAAUUUUAUUUCGAGUGCCAUAACUCCACAGAUCGAAUCAAAGUCCGAGUGUGGGAUGAAGACGAUGACAUUAAAUCCAGGGUCAAGCAACAUUUCAAGAAGGAGUCUGAUGACUUUCUGGGACAAACGAUUGUAGAAGUGAGGACGCUGAGUGGAGAAAUGGAUGUCUGGUAUAAUUUAGAGAAACGGACAGAUAAGUCAGCUGUAUCUGGGGCUAUUCGUUUGAAAAUCAACGUGGAAAUAAAAGGAGAGGAGAAGGUUGCCCCCUACCACAUACAGUAUACGUGUCUACAUGAGAACCUGUUCCAUUACUUGACGGAGGUGAAAUCUAAUGGCGGUGUGAAGAUACCAGAUGUCAAAGGCGAUGAAGCCUGGAAGGUCUUCUUUGAUGAUGCUUCCCAAGAAAUAGUUGAUGAAUUUGCCAUGCGUUAUGGGAUUGAGUCCAUUUAUCAAGCUAUGACGCACUUUUCUUGUUUGUCUUCUAAGUACAUGUGCCCUGGUGUCCCUGCUGUUAUGAGCACCUUGCUGGCAAAUAUAAACGCCUUUUAUGCUCACACAACGGUUUCUACAAAUGUACAGGUUUCGGCUUCUGAUCGAUUUGCUGCCACAAACUUCGGAAGGGAAAAAUUCAUAAAACUAUUGGACCAGCUGCAUAACUCUUUAAGGAUCGACCUGUCGAAGUACAGGGAGAACUUUCCUGCCAGUAACAGUGAGCGGCUGCAAGACCUGAAAUCCACAGUUGACCUGCUGACCAGCGUCGCCUUCUUCAGGAUGAAGGUCCUGGAGCUGCAGAGCCCCCCAAAGGCCAGCAUGGUGGUGAAGGACUGUGUCAGGGCCUGUCUGGAUUCCACAUACAAGUACAUUUUUGACAAUUGCUAUGAACUCUACUCUCAGCUAAUAGAUCCGAGUAAGAAGCGGGACGUUCCUCGGGAGGACCAGGGACCAACCACCAAGAACUUGGACUUCUGGACACAACUGAUCACGCUGAUGGUUACUAUCAUCGACGAGGACAGAACUGCCUAUACGCCGGUCCUGAACCAGUUUCCUCAGGAACUAAACAUGGGAAAGAUAAGUGCAGAAAUCAUGUGGACUCUUUUUGCCCUCGAUAUGAAAUAUGCACUUGAGGAACACGAGAAGCAGCGGUUAUGCAAGAGCACCGAUUAUAUGAAUUUGCAUUUCAAAGUGAAGUGGUUCUAUAAUGAGUACGUGCGCGAACUUCCUGCCUUCAAGGGUGCUGUUCCAGAGUACUCCCUGUGGUUUGAACCUUUUGUCAUGCAGUGGCUUGAUGAAAAUGAAGACGUGUCCAUGGAGUUCCUUCACGGUGCCCUGGGAAGGGACAAGAAGGAUGGAUUCCAGCAGACGUCCGAACAUGCUCUCUUCUCUUGCUCCGUGGUGGACGUCUUUGCUCAGCUCAAUCAGAGCUUUGAGAUUAUCAAGAAACUGGAAUGCCCUAACCCCGAAGCCUUGUCCCACUUAAUGAGGAGAUUUGCAAAGACCAUCACCAAGGUGCUUCUCCAGUAUGCCGCCAUUGUCUCCAGUGACUUCAGUUCCUACUGCGACAAGGAGAACGUGGCUUGCAUCCUGAUGAACAACAUUCAACAACUGCGGGUACAGCUGGAGAAAAUGUUCGAGUCCAUGGGCGGGAAAGAGCUAGACCCUGAGGCCAGCGCUAGUCUAAAAGAACUUCAAGUUAAACUCAACGGUGUUCUGGAUGAGCUGAGCAUCACCUAUGGUGAAAGUUUUCAGCUCACAAUUGAAGAGUGCAUAAAACAGAUGAAUUUUGAACUGAGUCAAAUGAGAGCAAAUGGAAACGCCACAUCCAAUAAGAACAGUGCAGCAGUGGACGCUGAGAUAGUGUUGAGACCGCUCAUGGACUUCCUGGACAAAACAUUAAGUCUCUCAGCCAAAAUCUGUGAGAAGACAGUCCUGAAGCGAGUUUUGAAAGAACUAUGGAAACUGGUUCUCAACAAAAUCGAAAAACAGAUCGUUCUUCCUCCUCUCACAGAUCAAACAGGACCUCAGAUGAUCUUCAUUGCAGCAAAAGAUCUAGGACAAUUCUCUAAACUGAAGGAACACAUGGUCCGAGAAGCCACCAAGGGUCUAUCAUCAAGACAGUGCGCAGUAAUGGAGGUGGUCCUGGCUACCAUCAAGCAAUACUUUCACGCAGGAGGAAAUGGCCUGAAAAAGAAUUUCUUGGAGAAAAGCCCGGAUCUUCAGUCUCUGAGAUACGCUCUCAGUCUCUACACGCAAACUACUGAUGCCUUGAUCAAGAAAUUCAUAGACACUCAAACCUCACAGAGUCGAUCCUCCAAAGAUGCAGUGGGCCAGAUAUCUGUCCAUGUGGAUGUAACUGCUACCCCAGGGACUGGUGAGCACAAAGUCACCGUAAAAGUGAUCGCCAUCAACGACCUAAACUGGCAGACCACAGCCAUGUUCCGUCCCUUCGUGGAAGUUUUCAUCCUGGGACCCAACCUUGGUGACAAGAAGAGAAAACAAGGCACGAAGACAAAAAGCAACACCUGGUCACCGAAGUACAACGAGACGUUUCAGUUCAUUCUAGGUAACGAAAACCGCCCAGGGGCCUAUGAACUUCACCUUUCUGUUAAGGAUUACUGCUUUGCCCGAGAGGAUCGGAUCAUUGGCAUGACAGUCAUCCAGCUACAGAACAUAGCAGACAAAGGAAGCCACGGGGCCUGGUACCCUCUCUUGAAAAACCUCUCCAUGGAUGAAACGGGCCUGACCAUCCUGAGGAUACUCUCCCAGAGGACCAGCGAUGACGUGGCUAAAGAGUUUGUCAGACUGAAAUCUGAAACCAGAGCCGCUGAGGAGAGUUCCUGAAGCGUCUUCCUAGCCUGACCCUCGCAUGCGUGUGCAAAACACAGGAGUGUUUAUCUCACAGGGUCUGCUGGGAGUCAAGGAUGGGCUCUCCUUCUGGACUUUAUACCAGUCCUUGUCUUUGGGAAGUAAAUGAUCCAUGAAGUGCCAAAAUUAUGUUUAGUGAAAUAUCAAGAUAAUCUUUUAAAAUGUUCAUUUCAACUCACUACAAAUUCUCAUCGAGGAAAAAAAACGUCUCUCAUUUGUUAAAUUAAUUUACACUGACCCUAACAGAAAGAAUCUGUGACUCCCAUUCCAUUUCAGUCACCCUGACUUCAUUGUAGACAUCUUGCAAAUACCAUUUUCUACCACAAGUAGAAAUACCGUGACUUAUAGAAAGCAUUUGUAAUUUUAUAGUUGCAGAUAUAUUGUGAUGACUUUUGCAUACAAAUUAAACUAGAAAAGGAAGGAAAUAUUUUAUGUUGACCAGUUUCCGACCUUUCUGAAAUAUCACUGUGAAGAACUGCUGUCACAGCAAACUUACACAAAGCGAUGCUAAAUAGUUUGUUAACGUUUGAUAAAACUGUGUUCCUCAAAACUGCCAAGGUCCCGUCACAUUUGUAUAAAAAAGAAGAAAACCAGUAAACCAAUGCAUUUGCCAUCUAGCAUUGCCUCAGCUUUACCAAAUCCCAUCCUUUGGAAAGUCAUAGAAUUCAUGUUUUAGAAAAUGGAUGGAAAGGGUUGUUGUUUUAAGUACCUAUGAAAAGAAUAUCAGAGGGAAAAAAUAAUAUAGUUAUGACUGUCUCCUUAAAUCUAUAGUCAAAUGUUCCUUGAAAAAAAAUAUUCAAUUAUUUAUACUGAAUGCAGCAUUAUUGUAACCUGCAUUGGAGCCUAAAGUUAUGUCUUUCAUGUAUUAGUGAGAAAAAAAGUGAAAUAAACUCUGAGGAAAUUGCUUACAAUUUUGUAAUUUAUGUUAUUUAUAUGCCUAAAAUGCAUCAGAUAAAAUAGGAGAACAACUGAACUUGAUUACAAAUAUUUGCAUUUUAUGGGUUUUAUGAUUUCACUUUUUAGUCUGUACCUAAAUACCUGGCUGCAGGACAGACCUCCAUAACUGGUACUGUCGCUGUUAGUGGAUUGAAAGUGAGAAACUGCUUCCCCUGUUGUUCUGUGGGUGUCCUGGUCUGACAUGUAAAAACAGGCCAGUGGGAUUGGCUAAUUCGUGUUAAAAUCUUAGGCAAUUGCUUUGUUCCUGACUUUGCCAAUGCAUAGUAUCAAUCCUCUGGCACAUGCAUUAAUAAAUGGAUUAUAUGUG